AUGGAGGAAAAAAAAAGUACUGCAGGACAGAGAGGGAGAAUAUCUGAGAGUGCGCGCGCUAACCAAUGCAGCAGGCAGCCCAAGCAGUCCCAAAUGGGCUGCUUGCUCCCAAUUUUUGGGCUUAUAUUUGAUGAGCCUAAAAGUUUGGGCCCAAAAGAGUCACCGUUUAGUCUGCGCUAUUGUAUUUUGUGCCUGAAACAUCAAAGCGAAAUUCUGAAGAAACUGAGAGAACUGCAGUUGGUCUCCGUGUCCCCAAUUUCAUGGAUGAAAUCCAGAUGGGUCUUUCAGUUUCAGAACCUCAACUCUCACUACUUGUCCUCUUGGGCUUCGUUUCUAAUCUCUCCUUUCAAAGCCAAGGUUCACCAAAACCCCUCUGCAGAAACAACCUCAAGAUUGAUCCUCAACCAUGUAGACAUAAGCCUGCUUCUCUCUCUUUGUGGAAAAGAAGGAAACUUUCACUUGGGUUCUUCCCUCCAUGCCUCUAUCAUUAAGAACCCUGAAUUCUUUUACCCCGAGAGUCAAGAUGAUUAUCGUAAUGUCCUUGUUGUUUGGAAUUCUCUGCUUUCAGUGUACCUGAAAUGCGGUCAAUUUUCCAAUGCAGUUAAGCUGUUUGACAAUAUGGGCAUGAAAGAUACAGUUUCGUGGAAUACAAUGAUAUCUGGGUUUUUAAGGAACGGGGAGUCUGAUGUUGGGUUUGGCUACUUUAAGCAAAUGCGUGGAUCGGAUUUUUAUCGAUUUGAUAGAGCAACUUUGACUUCGAUUUUAGCAGCUUGUGAUGGGCCUGAGUUUUGUCACUUGAAUAAGAUGAUGCAUGGUUUGGUGGUUUUGAAUGGGUUUGAGCGGGAAACUGCAGUGGGGAAUGCUUUGAUCACAUCAUAUUGUAAAUGUGGGUGUUUCGGUUCAGGAAGGCGGGUUUUCGAUGAGAUGUUUGAGAGGAACGUGAUUACAUGGACGGCAAUGAUUUCGGGGCUCGCACAAAAUGAAUUCUAUGUGGAAAGUUUGGAAUUGUUUUUGGAGAUGCGUAGUGGAGUAGUGGAGCCAAAUUCCUUGACUUACUUGGCGUCACUCACUGCAUGUUCUGGUUUGCAGGCAAUAAGUGUAGGGCGUCAAAUUCAUGGACUUGCAUGGAAACUGGGAAUUCAAUCAGACUUGUGCAUUGAGAGUGCACUAAUGGACAUGUAUUCGAAGUGUGGCAGCGUGGAAGAUGCAUGGAGAAUAUUUGAAUCCACGGAAGAACUUGAUGAGAUUUCCAUGACUGUUAUCCUUGUGGGAUUUGCACAAAAUGGGUUUGAGAGUGAAGCGAUCCAAAUAUUUGUGAAAAUGAUGAAAGCAGGAAUUGAAAUCGACCCAAACAUGGUUUCAGCUGUUCUUGGUGUGUUUGGUGUUGAUACUUCUUUAGGUCUAGGGAAGCAACUCCACUCUUUAAUUGUCAAAAAAAGUUUUGGUCAUAACUCUUUUGUCUGCAAUGGGCUUAUAAAUAUGUACUCCAAGUGUGGAGAGUUGGAGGAUUCAGUCGAAGUGUUCAGUAGGAUGCCUCAGAGGAACUCAAUUUCGUGGAAUUCCAUGAUUGCAGCUUUUGCCCGUCAUGGAGAUGGCUCCAAAGCAUUACAAUUAUAUGAAGAGAUGAAAAUGGAUGGUGUACAACCAACAGAUGUUACAUUUUUGUCUCUACUUCAUGCUUGUAGCCAUGUUGGCUUCGUUGAAAGGGGCAUGGAAUUUUUGAACUCCAUGAAUGAGGACCCUGGGAUGAGUCCAAGACCAGAACACUACGCUUGUGUCGUUGACAUGUUAGGUCGCGCAGGACUUCUGACUGAGGCCAAAAAUUUCAUUGAGGGACUACCUGAGAAUCCGGGUGUACUUGUUUGGCAAGCAUUGCUUGGUGCUUGUAGCAUUCAUGGUGAUUCAGAGAUCGGUAAAUAUGCUGCAGAUCAGUUGCUUUUGGCGGCACCUGAGACCCCGGCACCAUAUGUUUUGCUAGCGAAUAUAUAUUCUUCUGAAGGAAGGUGGAAAGAGAGAGCAAGGACCAUUAAGGGGAUGAAGGAAAUGAGGGUCGCAAAAGAAACAGGUAUUAGUUGGAUUGAGAUUGAAAACAAAGUUCAGAGCUUUGUUGUUGGGGAUAGAAUGCAUCCACAAGCAGAGAUCAUUUAUGGAGUUCUGGCAGAACUGUAUAGACUUGUGACAGAUGAAGGAUAUGUACCAAAUUAG